AGAGCAGUAAUACAAGCCUAACCCAGCUUCUGUCUGGUAUGCACGCUUUCAGGGCAUUUAUCUCUCCGCUCGCCAUUAGCGAAGGAGGAAGCGUCACGCCAAGCCAACACUUGACCUGGGAUGAAACACCUCUGGCUAACUCGGGGCUGGCGGUCACUGCGAUCAGAUGGUCUUCCGUGCGCGCCUGCAUGCCAGACGUCAAAUGCCCUGGCAGGCCAUCAGAGGGAAAUGGAUGAAGGCAGGCUGCUGGCUGGUGGUGCAGGAACAGGAACAAAAACAGAAACAGGAACAGGAACAUGAGGGUUGUCAACAACACCGAGCUGACUUCUUCCAAGCACGGGGAGAAGUAGAGGAUGUUCAUGGAAUUAAAGAAAGAAAUCAUCAAAAAGGAGACCAGCAGAGCUGUGUGGAGGCGCAGGAGGAGAUGACGACGCUUCCUCGCUCUUCUCCCAUCCACCCACCACCUGAUGAGAUAAAAGAGGGCAGUAAAACGGCCGGUCAAACAAAACAGAAGUCAUGGUCGUGGACCCGCUAGCUGCGCAAGCUAGCUCUCCAAUCAGCUCAACAGACUCAAUAACUCCACGCUGACGUUUUGGAGAAACCACAAAACGCCGCUGGAGCGUCCAUUGUUGUUCGCAGCCCCUGGCGUUGGCGUCAUGACAACAAGAUCAACAAACAGUGUCGUCUGCGGGUGUUGUUGACGUGCACACGACCGGUGAUAUCAGGUUGGAGCGUAGCAACUGAUCCGUGCACAUCAAACAGGACUUGGAUCGCUGCUGGAACUUCAAGAUGACCAUCUGGGGACAACAUGUAAAUACAGUAUGCAGAUAAUACACACAUUAGGACUCCUGCACCACAAUAUAAAGUUCAUGUUCUUACUCCACAUGUCUUAUUUGUCAGCUGUUCAUUGAAAAUAGUUUCUACAUUUACAUUUUAAUUCAUUGUAAUGAUUGACAGUACAGUAUUUUCCAGACUGUAGAGCACACAGGUAUAUUAGCCACACCCACUAAAUUGGAGAAGAAAAAUGAUGUUUCCAUAAAUUAGCUGCACCGGACUGUAAACCGCAGAUAUAAACGUUGUGAAGUGAGUUAUUUAUGAUUAUUAUUAUUAUUAUUGUUAUUUAAUACUUAUUUUAUUUGAAAUGUAACCUUCCUCUGAUUAUAAUUCCUCAGCUUUUUUCUUUAUUUUAGUAUUUUUUUGUAAUUAUUUUGUUUUAUUAUUUUUAUUAUUUAUUAUUAUUUUGUAUUUAUUAUUUAUUUUUUUAACUGGUCUUAAAUCUGAUUGAUUAAAAAGUCUUAUAUUGUCUUGUUGAAACUGGUCUUGAAUCUGAUUGAUUAACAAGUGCCUUGUUGAAACUGGUCUUGAAUCUGAUUGAUUAAAAAGUGCCUUGUUGAAACUGGUUU